AUGACGACAGCUUCAGAGUUCUCAACGUCCCAAUUGAGCAAAUACCUCAGGUACAUACGCCUCCCAGCCGAGUAUCACCAAUACGUAGAGAACCCGGAAUCAUUCCCCAAGACUGAAGAGGCAUUGACAACUCUCUUCCGAUGUCAAAUCACUCGCUUUCCCUACGACAAUCUGUCGGUUCAUGACUCUGAAAUCAGCCAGAUUGAUAUCAACCCCUCCAGUAUUUACUUCAAGUUCAUGGGCUCAGGUGACUCUGAGCCUUCGCGAAGGGGAGGAUACUGUCUUGAAUGCAGCAUCUUUUUCAACCAUGUUCUUCGCAAAUUGGGUUUCUCGGUUUAUAUGACUGGUGUUCGGAAUCGGGAGAGGAUUGACGGAAUCCCGCAGGGUGAAUACCGGGGCUGGACGCAUAUCGUCAACAUCCUAGAACUUCCUUCCGGUGCUCAGUACCAUGUUGACGCAGCUUUUGGAGGCGAUGGCCCGACUAGGCCACUGCCAUUGGUCUCGGGGCAGGUUCAUAAGAAUCUAGGCUCGCAGGAGAUUCGACUGAUUCACGGGAACAUUCCGAAGCAGACGCGACCGGAACAAAAGCUUUGGAUUUAUCAAUAUCGUAAUGGUGCAAUGAAAGAUUGGAAUUCCUUCUACUCUUUUGGAGAGUUCGAGUUUUUCCAGGAUGACUUCGAAGUGAUCAACCGAUAUACCCACUGGCAUACUCUCACCCUCAAAAAUGUCUGGGUAGUAAAGUUUAUCAGGAAUGGCGAAACCGACGGGCUGCCUCUUAUUGAAGGGGAAGUUACCAAGGCUGUCUCGGAGGAUAUCCAGAUUGUUGGAAAAAUCAUGUUUGUCAAUGGGGUGGUCAAAUUGAAUAUGGGAGGGAAGACCAGAGUGAUUGAUUCCUACAAAACUGAGGAUGAGCGACGAGAGGGCCUGAAGAAGUGGUUCUCCAUUUCAGUUCGAGCAAUAGAUGAGCAGGCAGUAUAG